GCGCGCCACAUUCUGAUUUCUGAAAUCAGUAGUUCAGUACUACUAUACUCACCCUUCCUUCUCUCUCCUUAAAAACCCUAAAUCCUAAAACUUACCCCGGUCACCGCCCUCGCCCUUCAUUCAAGUCGCCUCAGCCACCGCUGUCGCCUGCCACUUUAGCCUCCAGCCGCCAGCCGCCAGCCGCUAGCCUCAUUUCAGUUUUAAUUUUGAUGUUUUGAGAAAUCUAGAGACUAGAAUUCAAAAAUCAAAAUAAUGAAGAGAAAAGAAGAGAAUAUUUCUUUUAUUUUUGCAAAACGUUUGAGUAAAGAAAGUCGGGACCAACAAAGUCAAGCACAAUCAAAUAAUCCUACUCCAUCAUCUAUUCCUUCUUCUCAAGAUGAAGUGAAAGAAAGUGAAACUACUUCAACUUUCAAAACCAUAACCCCGAUAAAUGAAGGAAGAUUAACUUCCAUUGAUGUUUUGAAUCUUCCUCAAGACCCCGGAAAAAGGAGAAGAAUGUCUCAAUUUCACCCAAGUGACCGAGAUAUUGUUAGAAGAGAAUAUUGUUCGAGAGAUCUUUGUCAACCUUAUAAGCAUGAAUUUAAAUUCACGAAGUUUGGAACAAAAAACCGUAGAUUUAAUCCGAAAUGGUUUGAUAAAUACAAAACAUGGCUUGAAUAUAGUGUUGAGAAAGAUGCAGCUUUUUGUUUUGCUUGUUAUUUAUUCAAGGAUGAUAAUGUUGGACAAGAUACUUUUGUGAUGGAUGGAUUUCGUAAUUGGAAAAAGCCGGAUUCUUUUGAUGUACAUGUUGGUGCAAAUAUGAGUGCUCACCGAAUAGCAAUGAAAAGGCUUGAAGAUUUCAAAAAUCAAAAUAGUUCAAUCUCAGUUGCUUUGUUUGAGCAAGUUGAAGGAAUUAAAAUUAAACAUCAAAGGGGAUUAGAAGCUUCUGUUAAGUGCUUGAGGUGGCUUAUACUUCAAGAUAUGCCAUUUUGGGGUCAUGAUGAAGAACAAGAAUCACUAAAUACGAAUAAUUUUAUUGAACUUUUAAAAUUUCAUGCGGAAGGUAGACCUGAUAUUGAAGAUGUUGUGUUGGAAAAUGUCUCCAAAAAUUGUCAAAUGACAGCUCUUUCGAUUCAAAAAGAUAUCAUUAAUGCUUGUGCAAAAGAGACCAUCAAAGCAAUUGUCGAAGAAAUUGGUGAUGAGUGUUUUGCUAUUAUUGCUGAUGAGUCUGUAGAUAUAUCUGGUAAAGAGGAGUUGUCAGUUUGUUUGCGUUAUGUUAGCAAGAGUGGUGCAGUGUUGGAGCGCUUUCUUGGCACUGUACACGUUCUUAACAGUACCUCUUUGACUAUUAAAAAUGCAAUUUUAUCAUUGCUUAUGGAACAUUCUUUAACACUUUCCAAAGUUCGGGGCCAAGCCUAUGAUGGUGCUAGCAAUAUGCAAGGCUCAAUUGAUGGCCUCAAAACUUUAAUCUUGAAUGAAUGUUCAUCUGCACAUUAUGUUCAUUGUUUUUCUCAUCAACUUCAUUUGACACUGGUAGAAACUUCCAAAAAGAAUGGUGAGUGUCGGUGGUUAUUUGAUGAAGUCCUUCCACUUCUAUUGAAUUUUGUUGGUGGAUCACCUAAACGAAAAGAAUUUCUUCAUGCAAAACAAUUAGCUCGUAUUGUUAAGGCACUGUCAUUAGGUGAACUAGAGACAGGAAGUGAUUUGAAUCAAGAGCUUAGCUUAAUUCGACCGGGUGAUUUUCGUUGGAGCACUCACUUUAAAUGCAUUAAAAAUGUGCUUGGUUUGUUUCGACCAAUCUUGGAGUCCCUUGAAGCCAUUGCAGAUGAUCAUGAGGCUGAUAGGACAAAGGCAUAUUCAAUCAUUGGUAUGUUGAUGUCAUUUGAUUUCAUUUUCACAGCACAUUUGAUGGGAUCUAUAUUUGGGUUGACGAAUUCAUUGAAUGUGAGUUUGCAAAAAGAGGAUAUAGUUCAUGCAAUGACUUUGGUUGAUCAAACAAAAAUGGAAUUGCAAGAACUAAGAGAUAAUGGUUGGGAAGAUCACUUGAAUAAAGUUAUUUCAUUCACGGCUGAAUAUGAUUGUGAUAUUCCAAAUAUGGAAGAAUUUUAUGCUAGUCACGUUGGUGGUGGAAGGAGGAUGGUUCGUGGUAAAGCUCCUCGAGUUACAAAUCUUCAUCAUUAUCGAGUUGAAGUUUUUCUAAGUGUGAUUGAUCUACAUUUACAUGAACUUGAAAAUCGAUUCAGUGUGAAAACUAAAGAUUUGCUUAUGUGUAUGGCUUGUUUUAGUCCUAGUGAUGGAUUCUCAUCUUUUGAUACAAAAAAGUUGUUGAACCUUGCUAAAUUUUAUCCAAAUGAGUUUCCAAAUGAAGAUUUGUUAUUCUUUGAGGAAUCGCUUAAAAGUUUUAUUGGUGAUGUGAGAAACGACGAGCGAUUCUUGGAUGUGAAGACUCUCAAUGAACUUUCCAUAAAACUUGUUGAGACAAGGAAGCAUGAAAACCAUUUUGAUGUCUACAAGCUAUUGAAAUUGGUACUGCUUCUUCCAGUGACGACAGCAAGUGACGAAAGAACCUUUUCUGGAAUACAUCAUAUAAAAAGUAAAGUACGAAACUGCAUGGGAGAACAAUUGUUGAAUGAUAGCUUAGUUACCUUUUUAGAGAAAGAUUUGUUUCUCAAUGUUAGUAUUGAUGCUAUUGUACAACGAUUCCAAAAUAUGCAAACUAGGUGAUAACAAUUGUAGUUCGUUCAUUACGUUGUAUUUCAUUUUGUUGGACUUUUGUUUUCAUUGUUAAUUGUUAAUUGUUAAUUGUUAAUUGUACUUCAUUAUUUGAGGAUGAUGUUAAUUGAACUUCAUUCAUCAUUUGGGUUGCCAUCAUUUGAGGUGAGGAUGAUGUGAAUUGAACUUCAUUAAUCUUUUGGAUUUUAGUUUUUAGUUUUACAGAUGAAACUUUGCGAAAAUUUUGUCUAUUUGUUGGUGCCCCAUGAACUCUGAACAUUGGAUUUGCUACUAUUUAUAUUUCAUACAACAUCAAAGAUUACUUGAAGAUUAGCACCUAUAAUCACUAGCUUAAAUGCCCUUACUAGUAGGUUUUUACUUCAUCUGGCAAACAUAGUAGCCAUGAUCAUAUGAAGACAAAAGACAUCUUAAACUGAAAGGCAUUUACUAGGUACCGAAAAUUUUGCUAGUGCCUCCUUGAGUUUGAUCUACUCCAAACAACCUUGUCGUGCAAAAUCUGCAAUCUUAGGAGUCAUAUCAGUAUCUAGAAGUAUGUUGCUGGCUUUAAGGUCUUGAUGGAUGAUUCCUAGAUGAGAAUCUUCAUGAAGGUAAAGAAGUCCUCCAGCUAUGCAUGU